AAAAGAAGCAGAGAUCAGAGAUCAGAGAUAGAGAGAGAGAGAGAGAGAGAGAGAGAGAAGAUGGAAGGCGGGCUGGAGGUGAGGGAGGAGGAGGUGGUGAUUGUAGGGGCGGGAAUAGCGGGGCUGGCGACGGCGGUGGCGCUGAAGAGAGUUGGGGUAAGGUGUUUGGUGUUGGAGAGAUCUGAAAGGCUGCGGACCACGGGUGCCGCCCUUUCCCUUUUCCCCAACGCUUGGCUGGCGCUCGACGCACUGGGUGUGGCUCACAAGCUCACUCCUCGUUAUCCUCCUUUGCUUAAGAUGUUUCUAACCGAUAUUGGCACCGGAGCUGUUCAAGAAAUCUCUCAUGCUGCGGGAGGCACCGGGAUUCGGGCCGGGCCCAGAACGGUCCACCGAAAAGUUUUGCUGGAGACCCUAGCGGAGGAACUACCAGCCAACACAAUACGUUUCUCUUCCAAGCUCUCAUCCAUUCAAACGCAGCCAGGAGAAGGAGGUUCUUUGCUACCCAUCUUGCAUUUGCAAGAUGGUACUGUUAUCAAAGCCAAGGUUUUGAUAGGAUGCGAUGGGGUGCACUCGAUGGUGGCACGUUGGUUGGGGCUCUCUGCACCGGUUCAUUCUGGCCGGUCCGCUGCCCGUGGGCUAGCCCACUUUCCUGAACCCCAUGGACUCGAGCAUGCAAUCUAUCAGUUUCUGGAUUCAGAGAAAAGGGCUGGUUUUGUUCCUCUAAGUGAUAAAGAUUUCUACUGGUUUCUCACCUGCAAAUCUACUGCAGAAGAAGAUGCUAAGUUUAGUGGAAACCCAGAACUCUUACAAAGAGAAAUAAUUGAGAACUUCGCAAAGGACUUCCCUUCCGCGUACUUGGACGUCGUUCGUCAUGCUGAUGUCUCCGAGUUGACAUGGGCACCGCUGGUGUUUAGGUACCCGUGGAAUGUGAUAUCUGGAAAUGUUUGCCAAGGUACCAUUACUGUGGCCGGUGAUGCCAUGCACCCUAUGACACCUGAUCGAGGCCAGGGUGGCUGCACAGCCUUGGAGGAUGCCGUGGUCCUAGGGAGGCACAUCGGGGAAUCUUUCAUCCGAAACAAUGGCCAAAUUUUGCCACAAGAGACUGCAGAAGCCUUAAAGAGGUACUUCAAAGAGAGGAGGUGGCACACUGCCAGCGUGAUUGCGACCUCGUACUUGUCAGGAUGGGCGCAACAAAGUGGCUCAACGUGGUGGAUGAAGCUAAUAAGGGAUGUGAUAUUCUAUAGGUUUCUUUUCCCCAUCUUAUUUAAUAUGCAGUAUGACUGUGGGAGAUUGCCUGACGUCUCAACCGAUGAAUUAUUGAAGAACCAAAAAAAGGGAGAUUAGGCAUCUUUUAUUUAUUUUCUUUCAAAUUGCUAGAUGCAGUUGCUCACUUGCUUUAUCAGAGAGAGAGAGAGAGUUGAGCUUUAUAAUGAGAAUGUCACUAUACAUGGAACAGUGGCUACUUAAGAGUUGAAAAAUGAAGUCUUCAUUGCUUCUUAAACUUCACUUGUAUUUAUUUUCUAUACAUUUUUGAAUAAAUAUCUUUAGAAACAUGUCAAGAUAA